AUGCCAACUCAAUUAGAAGAGCUGGUGGAGUUCCUUCACCAUGGAAAUACAGAAAUUCGCCAAAUUGCUUGCGCAACCCUCGUCGGUUACUCGUCCCAGCCUGCAUUGUUCAAAAGCGAGCAAUUCCUUCCCAUCAUAGAUUUGAAGCUCUUGACUCGAGACUAUCCCCCGAUCGCACGGAAUGCUCUUACCAUCUUGGUCAACCUCUCAGCGGACGAGGAGAUCCUAAAGAUUUUGGCUGAGGAUGAUGUGUAUAUCGAGGCUCUCUUGUCAAAACUUACGAACCCCAAAGAUCCCACUGUCGACGAAGUCUCCAUGCUUCUCGCCAACUUGAUCAAGUGCGAUCACCUCCAAAUGCUCCAGACUCUUAAGCGCAAAGUCCCCGAAGGAGUGUCAACAUCGGAGAAUGCGAUCGAUCAGAUGAUGGACUGUUUCGUCAAGGGUGCGGAAGGUGGACUCAACAAGUACGCCAACUUCGACUACCUCUCAUACUUUUUCGCCGACCUGUCGAAGACCGAGCAAGGGCGAUCCUAUUUCACCACUCGUCAGGAGUACGACGGAGUGGUGCCCAUCACCAAGUUGACCGUUUUCACGGAGCACAAAAGCGAGAUCCGCCGCAAGGGUGUCGCCUCCACCAUUAAGAAUGUGGCCUUUGAUGUUGCUUCCCAUCCUAUGUUAUUCGCAGAAGACGAAGCUAAUCUGUUACCUUACCUCCUGUUACCAAUUGCUGGUCCUGAGGAAUUCUCCGACGAAGAUAUGGCAAACAUGCUUCCGGAUCUUCAGCUCUUGCCUCCGGAUAAGCAGCGUGAGAGUGAAACAACCAUUCUCACCACUCACGUGGAGACCUUAAUGCUCUUGACUACUACCCGUGAAGGUCGUGAACGAAUGCGCGCGAUUCAGGUUUAUCCAUUUAUUCGGGAAUGCCAUCUCAACGUGGAAAAUGAAGAGGUGCGGGAGGCGUGUGAUCGAUUGGUGCAAGUCUUGAUGCGAGAUGAAGAGGGAGAGGGCGAGAAGACUGAUGUUGAUCUGGCUAAAGCGCAAGCGCAGAUUGAGGCACCACCAGUUGACGAGGAUGAGAAGAAUCAAGAACCAUUAACCCCGGAUUGCAAUUGUAAUUCAAAUAAUUCAAUCUGUACGCAUACCGGCAAUGGAAACUGUGACUCGAUUCCGUACUCCAGCUUGACCUCGCCCUCGAACUCGACCUCGGACCUUGAACUCGAUUCUCCCACGGAUCCAGGCACAAGCCCACCCGAUACUACCUCCCUCAGCCAGCGAUUCCGUACCCUAAUGUCGCGCGCUCCUUUAAUCCGGUCUUCUCCCGCCCUGGGAUCAACCUCAUACGGAGCCGUACGUAUACCGGAUGACCCCGAGGAUGAGGCUCUGCCGGAUCGGCGGAAAUCCCGAAAGGGAAUAACGGGAGGAUCGCAGCGGACCAGUCUAGAGAGUAAUGCCGAAGGACCUUCAAAUGAUAUACGAAACGCGCCCAAAUCAAAAAGAUCACAUUCUUCCGUUCGACGACGAAGUAGUGGGUGGUAUAGAAAUGCCCAUAAUCGACGACCCUCGUCUGCCACGUCAGAUGUGGGGAUGGGGGCGGAUUCAAAAUAUUCAUUUGCGACGGGACUGGCUGUACCUGGAAACCCGGUGAUACAAGAUACUCCGGUCACUUCUCCUUUCAUGACGGACGACGAGGAUGUACUGGACAGCGAGGAUGAAGACUCUAAGUGUGCGGAUGACGAUCCUCCUGAUAAUUCUCCUAGUCUCACAAUUGUCUUUCCAGCUCCUCGCAUGUGGAUUCUUUCAUUAUUAUUUUCACUCACAGGCUCUGCCGCCAAUCUAUUCUUCUCAUUACGGUAUCCCAGCGUUGCAAUUACCCCCAUCAUCGCAUUGGUCCUGGUACAUCCACUCGGGAAAUUCUGGGAUGCAGUACUAAAGAGGUCGGGUGACCCUCUCGAAGUGUUUGAAAAUGGAACCCUCGACCACAGGGAACUACUUUCUGGCGAACUUGAUCAACCUGACCCCUCAUGGCUUACCCGUAUUCGACUAUGGCUCGCUCAGGGCCGUUGGAAUGAGAAAGAGCAUGCUUGUGUAUACAUCAGCAGUAAUGUCUCAUUUGGAUUUGCUUUUGCCACUGAUGUGAGUGCCCAUGGCGCCUCGUAUUAUAUUUCAUAUACGGUUACUAAUAGCCUGCAGGUCAUUGUCGAGCAACACAAAUUUUAUAACCAGGAGGUUCCAAUCCUGUAUCAGCUUUUGCUGAUCAUUUCGACUCAAGUCCUGGGUUACGCCUUUGCUGGAUUGACCAGAAGAUUCCUGGUGCGCCCGUCCGCUAUGAUCUGGCCUGGAACCCUCAUGUCCACAGCCAUGUUCUCUACCAUGCACAAGAAUGCAAACAAGAAGGCCAAUGGAUGGAGUAUCUCGCGAUACAAAUUCUUUGUUCUUGUCUGGACAGGAGCUUUUCUGUGGUACUUCGUGCCGGGAUUAUUGAUGCCUGCACUCAGCUACUUUAACGUUAUCACCUGGUUUGCUCCCAAGAAUGUGGUAGUCUCCAACUUGUUCGGCGUGGCAUCAGGUCUUGGGAUGUUUCCCUUAACAUUCGACUGGGCUCAAAUCGCCUAUAUCGGGUCGCCUCUACUUACCCCAUGGUGGGCAGCUGCCAACAUCGUCACUGGUCUGGUGGUCGUCAUUUGGAUCAUCGCUCCUAUUUUAUGCCACCCAUACAAUGUCAGCCGGAUCCUGACCUCGGAUUUUCUGUUCGAUCAAAAAGCGUACGAGGAAUACUCUCCCGUCUACCUUCCCAUCACUUACGUUCUAUCCUACGGAGUUCAAUUUGCUGCCCUCACAUCCCUGGUGACACAUACUGUGUGCUGGUAUGGCAAAGACAUUUGGCAACAAACCAGACGAGCAUUCGAGGAACGUCGUGAAGUUCCAGGCAUGGCAAGCUACGACCCAUUACCGACUGAGAAUGGGAACGGCCACUCGGAGUCCCGCAGCUAUGAUGGCUCACAUGAAGCCAAUCGAGAGAUGCCUCUGGGCAUGGAAGAUGUUCACUGUCGUUUGAUGAGGCGGUACAAAGACGCACCACUCACUUGGUAUCUUAUUGUGUUGAUUACAAUGCUAGUAAUUGCUACCUUUACUGUCGAACACUAUCCCACUCAUCUACCCUGGUACGGAUUAUUCCUCGCUCUAGGUAUCACAAGUGUGUUCUUUAUUCCAGUUGGCAUCAUCAUGGCUGUGACGAACCAGCACAGCAGUCUUUACCUAAUCUGUCAACUCCUUUGCGGCAUUGUCUUCCCCGGACGACCCGUUGCGAAUAUGAUUUUCGUAACAUACUCUUACAUCAGCUCCGCUCAAGGGAUUAAAUUCUCUUCCGACCUUAAGCUCGGUCACUACAUGAAAAUUCCACCUCGCAUUCUAUUUGGGGUGCAGAUGGUCGCCACUUUAGUGUCCAGCCUGACCCAAAUUGGCGUGUUGAACUGGAUGUUCGCACAUAUCCCCAAACUAUGCACUCCACAAGCACUGAAUGGUUUCAACUGUCCAAUUGCUCGAGUCCAUUUCAACGGCAGCAUCCUCUGGGGUGUUGUUGGACCGCAGAGAUUCUUUGGCCCCGAUGGGCUGUACCGACCCUUGGUCUGGGCAUUCCUGAUCGGCGCGGUAGCGCCCCUAGGAGCCUGGGUCCUCGGCCGACACAGUAAGAAGAGUUUCUGGCGCAAGGUGAACUUCCCAAUUCUCUUCGGCAGUCUCAGCUGGAUCCCACCUGCCACCGGAUUGAACUUUUCGAUCUGGGCAUUGGUCUGUUUUGUGUUCAACUACGUGAUUCGACGCCGCAAGACAGCCUGGUGGGAGAAAUAUGCCAUGACCCUUUCAGCAGCCUUGGAUUCAGGACUGGCAUUUGCUGUCAUUGUUGUAUUUUUCGCGUUGAUCUACCCUGGCUAUGUUGCCAAUUUCAAGUGGUGGGGAACAGAGAUCUACAAGCAGGGCUGCGACUGGAUCGCGUGUCCCUACCGCCAUUUAGAGCCAGACAUAACCAUGUCGACCCCAAACAACCCCUCGAAUGGGCGAACGCCGACAGCACCUAAUGGAGCUCCUCCCAUGAGAAUCCGUCGUCCCAAAGCCGCCGAUCCGUUAGUUCGUCCAAAGAGAAGGCCGGUGAAACCUCUAGGUGUUCCACCGACAGGUCAAACAGCUAUGAAAACUCUUCCAACUCGACCAUCAGUCAACGUCCAGCCCCAGCCGGUAUCACAACCUCUCGAACGACCUCGACUAGGUCCCGUCCGGGAUGACCAAACUCUGAACGGAUUCAGUGGACCCCUUUUAUCAGCAACAUUCACCGAUUACCCAGUUGUCACUACCAAGCGAGCUCUGCGCGAAGGAUUAAAGAACCAUAUUGCUCGAUUCGCCGCUAAGAGGAGUGUCGAUCCACGCGACGAGACUCAAUUCACGCGACCCGUUCGACUUCAGCGCCGAGAUCCACGCACAAGGACCCAUGAUCAUCAUGCAGAGCGGAUGGUAGGACCGGAUGGACAACAGCUAGAUGAGGCCGAACGAGAGGCGCUGGAUGCGAGAAGAGCCGCACGAGAGAAAGAACGCGCAGAGAACCUAGCUCAGAUCGCCCCAUCCGCAGGAGCCUCUGCAAAGCGACCCAAUGCCCCAAAGCAGAAAACACAACAGGUGUACAAGUCCGACCUUACUCCCGAGGAGAUCGCGCGAGCACGGAUCAAGUACGAGGAGGCCUUGCCGUGGCACUUGGAGGAUUUCGAUAACCGCAAUACCUGGGUUGGUAACUACGAAGCUGCAUUAUCGGAGACACAUGCGGUUUUCGUUCAUGACAAUGGCAAGAUGCGCAUGAUUCCCGUGGAGAAAUGGUACAAAUUUAGUGCCAAGAGUCAUUUCAAGGCUUUGACAAUUGAAGAAGCGGAGAAGUUCAUGGCAAAGCGGAUUAAGGAUCCUCGCUGGUUUAUGGAAAAACAACAGGAAGUUGCUCAGCAGAAGGAGCUGGAGCAGUAUGCUAGAUCCCGCAAAGUUUACGCUGGAAAGCAAGGUGUUCUUGCUGGACGAGAGGGAUUGGAAGCUAGUGAAAUGGAUUUUGAAGAGGACAGAUUUGCAGAUGAUGAGGAACAUGACGAUCUCUUUAAUGAUCAAGAUGAAGAUACCAAGGCUGCAGAGAAGCGAAUCAAAGAAGAUCAACUCAAGGCGAAUGUUUUCGACUUGAAGGAAGAGAAGGAUUACGAGGAAGAAGAACAACGGGAAAAGAAAGAGAAAGAAGCUCGUCAUAAGCUGGGCAGGAAGAUGCGUCGAGCACUGAAGAAGCGAGAACGAAACUUCGACUACUCCAGUGGCUCGGAAGCUAAUCCAUACAGCUCCGAAGAGAGUUCCGAUGAUAGUGAAACCGAACGAUUGAAAGAAGAGGCACGAAAGGAAGAGCAACGAAAGGCCGAGGAGGAAAAGAACCAGAAGGAAUCGGCUUCAUCUUCCACGAAAGGAACUAGCACACCCUCUGGACGGCCAAAGCAUGUGGACGCUCUUAAGAAGCCGACGGCGGCCCGCAAGCGACUGGGCUCGCCUAAUGGCUCAGAUGCCAGUGGAACUGACACCUCUCGCAAGAAGACAAAGAGCAAGCAUCCUGCUCACCAGACACCACAGCCAACCUCUCGCCCAAUUUCUCCAGCUAAUGUGCAGGUAAGUCAACCCAACCCUUUGAGAGUAAUGAACACAGAAUAUGCUGACACAACUUACAAAAAGGCUGGCAUGAAACGAGUUCGAAACAACCCGUUGAGUGGAUCUGGAUCAGGCAGUGACCAUGAUGCCGGUGCAGGAUCCGGAGCAGAGAUGAGCGAGAGUGGUAAAUCCAAGAAGUUGAAGCUGAACCCACCUUCUGUUGCCUCUCGUGGAGGUACACCCCAAGGAUCUCGAGCCGGAAGUCCUGUAGCUGGCAACCGGAGUUUCUCUGGAAGCCGUGCUAGCAGUCCCGAUGGUACUCGAGGCCGCGUAUCUACUCCUGUCGGAAGUGCACCAUUUCCCACCCCGGCCGAGAUUCAUGCCGCCAUUCCGGCCACUGGUAUUCUGAGUAGUGAUCUUCUUCGCAUUUUCCGCCCUCGCAUUGGUGAAUCCAAGGAGAGUCACCGUCGGUUUAUUGGAAUCGUCAAGGAAGUUAGUAUCUACGGAAAAGAAGAUCGACUGCUCCGACCAGGUCCUUGGAAGGAGACUUAA